AUGCUCUUGCCAGUGAGAGAAACAGGAAGUCAAAAAGAGGAGGAUACUUAUACGCUUCGUGGCAAUAGGAAAGAAGGGUGCCACAACGAAGUUGACGAUAGGAAUCUGAAGACGGAUGCUCAAAAUUCUGAAAUGAAUGUUACGGAUUUUAAGCAUGAAGUAGUAGAAGACCAUGCCUUUGAACAAAUACAAGAGAACAGGAAGACGCAUAGCGGAGAAAACAUUAGUGAUACUGUUUGCAUAGGAGAAAAUAACCAACCAAGCGCUAUGACACCCCCUACGAUGAAUUCAGAUGACCAGAAAGACAAAGUUACGAGUGCAGUAGAUAGUUCAAAUGAACAUGUCAAUUCUGAGCAUAUAUACUCUAAUGAUGAUGAAAACGCAAGCAAAAGCGUAACACCAACCGCUAAUGAGAAUGACAACGAAGAAGAUGAUGAAAAUGAUAACGAAAUAUCUUUAGAGACAUCCGCUGACUUAUCAUUCAAGAAAAAAGAAGUUAAUAGGAAUCGAACACAAUCUUUCCAGUCCGUUUUAUCCACUGCAUCUUUAAAAUCUUUGAAGCAACAAUUUACCAACGGCAAUACGAAUACCACCAUAAACAAGCCUCAACUUGCGAGAAAUGGUAGUAUUGUAAGCAACAGUGGUCAUGUAAACAAUACAAAGAACUUUCAGUCUUUCAUACAGGCACCAGUAUUAUCUAGCAUAUCCAACUUGAAGACCACCGAUGAUGAUUUGGAGAUUGGAAAACAGCUUCCAUUCAAAAAUGACGUAGAAGCAUCACAGGAAAAGGAAUCAGAAGUACUGAAUGAUGACGUUGAUGAAGAUUAUGACGAUAAGGAUACUAUCCUUCAACAGCAAAGACUUACGUUGAACGCUUUGAAGAAAUUAAGCUUAUCACCGAUGCCUAUAAUAGACUUAGAUAAUGGAUCUAAAUCAAGGGCCGUCUCUCGUAAGGGAUCUGCUGCCAAACUAGAGAACAGUGAUAAAAGAAUGAAAAACUCAGAGCCUUAUCAGCCAGCCGAAGUCGAUUUAUCAACUUUUGCGAGUCUUACGAGACAGCCUCAUGUCGAGAAGCCAGAGAUUCAUGCUCCAAACGGUCGAGAAAUCAGCCCAAAGUCGGUAAAAAAUUUAGAGACCACUACUGAUACAUCAAACGAAAGUCUCAAAUCUAAAAUCGAACACCCUAUACAGCUGUACUCCAACCACGCAAAAUUAGCGCGUGGGGUCCAGCCAAUGCCAGAAACAUUUUCAAUUCCUAGACGAAAUGAUUCCUCUGAUAAUAUGAAUAAGAAUUUUAAGGCUGCGGAGAGAAUGAGGGGACAAUAUACCCUGUCAGACGCAGUUGAUAGAAAUGCUGGGCACACGAGCAGUAAUGUUGCGCUGAAAACUAUUCAAAUGCAAAAUAGCCAAGAGGACAAGUCUCUUCACCAUCGUGAUCUUGAACGGUAUCGUGCUCUUUCUCUGCAAUCAAAGUAUCAUCAGAAAGUACAAAGUUUGCAGGGCCAGUAUCAUGAGCAUAAUUUGAAUGCUUCUCAGAAGAAUCCAGCCCGUGUAUUUAUGCAGCCCGAGCCUAGGAGGCGGCUACAACAAAUAAAUGGAUUCAGGAGCCCAAUGUAUAUUCCUGCUGUCCUUCGAAUGACUUUAAACAAUGGGCUUAAUUCAGGUAAAUCAGCAUCGGAAAGCAAUCUCGGAUCAGUACCAAAUUCACCGAUUGAUUCAGCUUUAGACUCACCAUCCCCUGUUGACUCUCAGUAUUUUAAAACGAAUACUGAUCCGAACAUUGUUACUAAAUCGUCGAAAGAUUCUAUCAAGUCCGUAGAGUCUACGCCAUCUGUGGACUCUGCACGUUCAACAAGUCCAGGGAGAUCAUCUGUAUAUAUAGGAUCUUUUAAGCUUAGGAACCAGGAUAUAACAAGAGCUCCUACAAAAAAACAUUGGCUCAAAGAUGAAGCUGUAUACAAAUGUGGUAUUGAGUCAUGCCCUAAAGUUUUUAAUUUUUUUGAAAGAAAACAUCACUGCAGAAAAUGUGGCGGAAUUUUCUGCAAAGAGCAUACCUCCCAUUAUUUAUACAUCAAUCAUCUUGCCCAAUUUACGACAGGGGGAAGAGGUACUCUCUCUAAGGUCUGUGACAAUUGCAUCCAUGAAUAUAAUGAGUUUAUGAACCAUGAAUUUGGACUAGCAAAGCCUGAAGCAGCUCAUCAACCAGUUAUAGAGUCCAAUAAGAAAAAAGACUCAACUGACAUCUCUAACGGACAUCAUGUGCAUCAAAAUUCUUACUCCAGAAAAUCUGAUAAUAGAAAUGAACAAGUUGUGGGAAGUGUUCCAGCCAAUUGGAGCUGGAGCUCAUUUUAA